AUGAAUAUUACCGAUUUCAACGUCACGGACACGGUUACAAUUGGAAACUACGAGCUCCAUCCAAGAGAUGGUGUUAUAAGCAACGCGACUCUCCAAGUGAUGAUGAAGGCCGCCUACAGCGGUCUUAUUCCAGUCAUGGCGAUGGUGGGCCUAGUCUGCAACAUCUUUAGCUUUGUCCUGCUCUGUCCAAUCAAAAAACGAUCCGCUACAAACUUGUAUCUGAUAAGCUUAACCGUGUGUGACGUAUGCAUUCUACUUUGCGCUCUCAUCGUUUGCACUGUGACCGUUCUUGACAUUUAUGGGUAUUCAUUAUUCGAGCGCAUUCGUAUCUUAAUGAUACCUGUUUUCCUGUCAUACAUCAAUCCACUCCCGGGCUCCAUCAGUAAUUAUCUGAUUACAUUGAUAGCAGUGGAUAGGUUUUUUGCAGUAGUGUUUCCGUUAAAGGUGCGGCUUUUCUGUGGCAGGCGAUUCGCCAUAACUGCUAUCGUAGCUGCUUACGUCAUCCCAGCCAUCGUCUCCUUGCCACUGGCUUUAUUGUAUGAGAAUAAUGAAAUCAACGACACAAAAACUGGCAAGAUUGUCGAUAUUGUAUCAUUAACCGCGUUUGGUAGAGACAAACAAGUUACUAGCAUAAUCUACGUCACAACAGAAAUCACCCUACGGUUCACACCUGUCGGCUUGGUAGUAGCAGCCAGUUCCGGUACUAUCAUCUCGCUCAUCUACCAGUCCAGGAAGUCUCGACUGCGCACGCACAGCAUGCCGACAGGCCCACGUGACAUGCGGGUGACUAAAACACUUCUGAUAUUGACAACUGCGUUUCUCCUUACCAAUCUGCCAGGUACCAUAACCCGCUGUGUGCUGUUCUUGCAGUCUAACGUACAUAGGGCUCGACGAGAAGACAACCUGCAUUGGAUGUUAACUGUGACAUGGUACAUCUUCUUCGUAGCAAAUUCAAGCAUCAAUUUCCCUAUCUAUCUCAUAACCUGUCGUGAAUAUCGUCAACAGUUUCAGAAAAUAAUAUGUAAGAAUCAUCCAAAUAAAUCGGACAAGUAUGUGUGCAAACGCCAGCGCGAAUCCAUUUCCCACAUAUCACAGUGA